UUAGCAAGAUGAUUGCUUCCCAGACGUGCAAACUCCAGCAUUUCCUACAGUCUAAAAUGAUGUCUCUCUCUUUGUGUAGUAGAGAAGUGCCAAAUCGUGUGUUGUGUGAGCUGUAUUUCGGUAUAGUAUUGAGGGAAAAUGGAUGGUGGCUUUGAAGAUCUUGAGCUACGAGAGGCACAGAGGGAAUACCUGGACUUUUUGGAUGAUGAUCAAGACCAGGGUGUGUACCAUGAGAAAGUCAGAAGUAUGGUGUCUGAGGGACAGUCUCGGCUAAUCAUCAACAUUAAUGACCUGCGGCGAAGGAAUGAAAAGCGAGCCAAAGAACUUCUGAAGAAUGCCUUUGGUGAGCUGGUUGCAUUCCAGAGAGCUCUGAAGGACUUGGUGGCCUCCAUUGAUGCAACGUAUGCCAAACAGUUUGAUGAGUUUCAUGUUGGUUUUGAGGGCAGCUUUGGGAACAAACAUGUCUCCCCUCGCACUCUUAGUGCCCGGUUUCUGGGAAAUCUUGUUUGUGUGGAGGGCAUUGUUACCAAGUGUUCACUGGUCAGGCCAAAGAUCAUGCGCAGUGUUCAUUACUGUCCUGCCACUAAGAAAACCUUGGAAAGGAAAUAUACUGAUCUGACUUCACUGGAUGCAUUCCCUUCAAGUGCCAUCUACCCCACCAAGGAUGAUGAGAAUAAUCCAUUGGAAACAGAGUUUGGGUUGUGCUGCUAUAAGGAUCACCAGACUCUGACCAUCCAGGAGAUGCCAGAGAAAGCUCCUGCUGGGCAACUUCCCCGCUCAGUUGACAUAAUUUCUGAUGAUGAUCUUGUGGACAAAGUUAAGCCAGGCGAUCGUGUACAGAUAGUUGGUGUGUACCGGUGUUUACCUGCUAAACAAGGAGGAUUUACCUCAGGAACCUUCAGAACUAUACUGUUAGCCAACAAUGUCAAGCUGAUGAGCAAAGAAAUUGUUCCCACGUUUUCUGCUGAUGAUGUUGCCAAGAUCAAAAAAUUCUGCAAAACUCACUCUAAGGAUGUCUUUGAGUACCUAAGUCGAUCGCUAGCUCCCAGCAUCCAUGGCCAUGAAUAUAUAAAGAAAGCCAUCCUCUGUCUGCUGCUGGGAGGAAAUGAGACCAACCUAGAGAACGGCACUCGAAUCAGAGGCGACAUCAACAUCCUGCUUAUAGGUGACCCAUCAGUUGCUAAAUCUCAGUUGCUGAGGUAUGUCUUGUUCACAGCACCAAGAGCCAUUCCUACCACCGGACGAGGCUCGUCUGGGGUGGGUCUAACUGCUGCGGUUACCACUGAUCAAGAGACAGGUGAGCGCCGGUUAGAGGCAGGUGCCAUGGUCCUUGCUGACAGAGGGGUUGUGUGUAUUGAUGAGUUUGACAAGAUGUCUGACAUGGAUCGCACAGCCAUCCAUGAGGUGAUGGAACAGGGGAGAGUCACCAUAGCUAAAGCUGGGAUCCAGGCCAGGCUGAAUGCUCGCUGUAGUGUGUUGGCUGCUGCUAACCCAGUGUAUGGAAGGUAUGACCAGUAUAAAACCCCUAUGGAGAACAUUGGACUGCAAGAUUCCCUACUCUCUCGAUUUGAUUUGCUCUUCAUCGUUCUGGAUCAGAUGGAUUCAGAGAGUGAUCGAGAGAUUUCGGAGCAUGUGUUGCGCAUGCACAGAUACAGACCCCCGGGGGAGCAGGAAGGAGCAGCGAUGCCAUUGGGAAGCACAGUGGACGUGUUUGCCACAGAGGACCCAAACAUCACUGAGGCCACUGAGCAGGAGCUGCAGAUCUAUGAGAAAAAGGACAAUGUCCUCCAUGGCCACAGGAAGAAAAAGGAAAAGAUUGUCACCAUGGAGUUUAUCAGAAAAUAUAUCCAUGUGGCUAAGCUAGUGAAACCGGUUCUGACUCAGGAGGCUUCGGACUACAUAGCCGAGGAAUACACCAAACUGAGAAGCCACGACCAAGUCAAUAACGACUUGGCAAGGACAAUGCCCGUCACAGCACGUGCCCUAGAGACUAUGAUCAGGUUGGCUACAGCCCAUGCUAAAGCCCGCAUGAGUAAAACGAUUGAGUUGGGAGAUGCAGAGGCUGCUCUGGAGCUCAUGCAAUUUGCCUACUUCAAAAAGAUUCUGGAGAAGAAUAAGAAGAGGAAGCUUCCUGAAGAUGGUGUGGACACAGAGAUGGAUACGACUCAGAGCCAGGAGACCCAAAGUCAGAGAAGUGUCAGGAAACGUUCUCGUGUAUCUAAAGAUGACAUGGAUUCAGCAAUGGCAGAAGACUCUGAUGACCCAUACAACUUUACAGAAGAUGAAAACACCCAACCCAGUCAACCAACCAGGCCAGUGUCUCAGAGGAGUAGCCAAAGGAAGAAGACUGACAUCAGUCAAGACAGAAUGAAGGUUUUCAAGGCAGCCCUCCUGAAAGCAUUUAAAGUGACCAGGUCUCAGUCUGUGCCAAUUCCUGAGCUUCUCACUCACGUUAACAAAGGCCAGUCUGAAGAAUUUGACCAGCAGGAGGUGCAAUUACUUUUGGAGCGCAUGCAGGAUGAUAACCAGGUCAUGGUGUCUGAGGACGUGGUCUUCCUCAUCUGAUAAAACAACGGUCUCUAGAUGUGAUCAUGGAAUUGUGAUAUUGUUGUAUAUCCUUAUGUAUUAUUGUCUGUAGUGUUCAUUGUUAGUAAUUAAUAAAUAGUUUGAGCACUUA